CUCCAGACCACGACUACACCGCUCAUAUAAACGUCACUAUCCAAAACAAUCAGCAUGGCUACUACAGACAACCCACUCUCCCCUAAUGCAAAAUGUACCGUCUGCAAGCCACCGGGCUCGGCCAAAACCAUCCAAGCCGCGUCCAUUUUCCUCGCAGGCAGCAUCGAAAGGGGCAAGGCCAUCGACUGGCAGACAGCCUUAACCAAAAAGCUCGAACACCUGCCCAUCACAGUGUUCAACCCGCGACGCGACGACUGGGACAACAGCUGGGAGGAAGACAUCUCGAAUCCUCAGUUCAAGGAACAGGUCGACUGGGAGCUGGACCAAAUGGCGGCAGCCGAUGUUACGGCUGUUUGUUUUGUAGCUGACACCUCGAGUCCGAUCACCCUGAUGGAGCUUGGGUUGCGUGCGCGCGAUGGGAAGGUGGUGGUGUGUUGCCCGAAAGGGUUCUGGAAGAGGGGGAAUGUGCAGGUUGUGUGUCAUAGGUUUGGUAUUACUCUUGUGGAUACGGUAGAGGAGCUGGCUGAGGAGGCUAUAAAGAAGUUGGAGAAGUGCAUGGAAGAGAGGAAGGGAGCCGUGGUUUAAGACGUCAUGGGUAGCAGUUUAUUAUGGCAAUGGGAGUGGUGCUGGGUUAUGGGAACGACCGACUUAUGUGUUCGAGUCUCUCUCAUACAUUUUGGACGCUGUCUGGGGCGAUCCUAUAGUUCUUACUAUAGUUUAAUUUCUACGAGGCGUAACUUCGAUUCAAGAAUCUCAUAUGGCAGGUAAUAGCUGAAGGGCCUCUUUCAAUGACACCCACAGUAUCGAGAUAUAAGAC